GGACGUGCCGGCGACAUGCCGGGCGUAUUUGACUGGACGCCCAACCCACCCGCACCCACGAGGUCCUGUUUAAGUUAUCUGAUCCGCCCAUUAUCAGAUCUCUCACCCAUCACACCCCUCGCCUGCGACUGUCAACCCUCAGCCUAGCCCAAGGCACAGUUGCGAUAAUCUGAUAAUCUGAUCGUCUUGAACCAGUCAAUACCACAGCCAUGGUGAAUGUCUUCGCUGUUCCAGUGUUUUUCAUCUGCUUUCGCGAGUGUUUGGAGACCAGUAUAAUCGUCUCUGUCCUCUUGUCGUUCUUGAAGCAGACAUUGGGCCCCGAGCGAGAUGCCGUUGUGUACAAGAAGCUCGUUAGGCAGGUGUGGUUAGGUGUUGCAGCCGGGCUCGCCAUAGUCAUUGUGAUAGGAGCUGGCAUGAUCGGUGCCUUCUACGGCAUCGGGAAGGACACUUUCGCCGGCACUGAAGACGUCUGGGAAGGUGUUUUCGGCCUCAUCGCGACCAUCAUCAUCUCUUUGAUGGGAGCUGCACUGCUCCGCGUAUCCAAGCUGCAAGACAAAUGGCGUGUCAAGCUCGCCAAAGCCCUAGAAUCAAAAGAGACCCGAACCGGCGUUCCGACCAACGGUAGAUUCAAGCGAUGGGCUGAGAAAUACGCCAUGUUCAUGUUGCCCUUCGUCACAGUCCUUCGCGAAGGCCUCGAGGCAGUCAUCUUCAUUGGCGGUGUUGGCCUGGGCCUGCCUGCGACCUCUUUCCCUAUCGCCAUCCUCUGCGGCCUUGUGAGCCUUCUUUCUCACCUACCUUGCUCGAUUCAUUCGCUCACGGUCAUCAGAGGUGGAAACCGCACAUCGAUGCAAAUCUUCCUAAUCAUCUCAACUUGCUUCCUCUACCUGGUGGCAGCUGGGCUUUUUUCAAAGGCCGUCUGGGCAUUCGAGCAGAAUAAGGUAGGUACCCAUUGAUUCUUGGUCCGCUUUCGGCAAAGCUAAUCGAACGAAGUGGAACCACAUUACCGGUGGUGAUGCCGCAGAGACUGGCUCAGGACCUGGAUCCUAUGACAUACGACACAGCGUCUGGCACGUAAACGUAUGAUAUCCUCACUUCUCCUAAUUGCAAAGCCGAUUGCUGACAAUGUAUCAGUGCUGCAAUGCUGAAAUCAACGGCGGCGGUGGAUGGGGAAUCUUCAACUCAAUCUUCGGCUGGGAGAACUCGGCGACAUACGGCUCCGUC